AUGAAUGCACCACCGAGUCGGCCUUUGACGGGAGACAUUCAGUCACAGGCGAACCCGACACCUGCGAACAUGGUGGAUAUUCCCGCCACCUUCACAUCGCCAGCUCAGCAUGAUCCUGACCGAGAAGAGGGCGAACUGACCGAUAGGGAAGGAGGCUGGCCCCAAAGUCCCCCUAGGCCGUUUGGGAAACAGCCGGGGCCCGUAAAUGGUCUGGGCGCGGAAACGCGUCUUCCUCAAAUGCAAACCCGACGACGACGUUCAAAGUCACGGUACUCGGACCUGGAAGAAGGGGAAGCUUCACCUGACUCUCGUUCCUCUAGCCGAGCCAGCGGAUCCCCAUAUAACCCCCCGAUGUCGGUGACCGAGGCGUUCGUCCCUGGUGGGAAUAUAAACUCGGGAACAUUGAACUCGAUCCCGCCGUCGGCUCAAAAUGGUCCCAAGGAAAACGAUGCCCUAAGGGAACCACAACCGCUGUCUAAUCACUCCAAGUCUUCAGCACAACUCCGCAUCCAAGCAAAGGGCGCUCUUCUUAGCCUAGCGCCCCACAAUAUUCGCUAUGGUGAGCUCGCCGGGGAAGGCAUCAAUCCGGCGCUUCUGAGACAACUAUACGAGGAGGUGGGCAUCAAAGUACCCACGCCGCAACCCGCCGCUGUUGUUCGCUCGGAAUCCACCCGCUCGUCUAUAAGCUCCGAUCACAGCAAGUUCGUUCCUCAAAAGCCCUUGGAGAACCAUCGAUCCGAGAAUAUCGAGUCCGAUGCUACCCCAGGAGCACCUGUUGCUUCACAAGUCGCCCCUUCCAAGCCGAUGGAAAGAAAGGAGUUGAUUGCGCGCAUGCUUGCUGCCAAAGCUGCUCGGCCUUCCGCGGCACCACCGUCGGUGCAGGUCGAGACUGCAAAGGAUGAGCCAUCAAGCGAAGGCUCUGCCAAGGAGGAUCCCGCCAAAGCCGCCCCUUCUCUUGCGACGUCGACCCAGGAAAAGGAAGUGCGUACAAAGGAGAAGAACAAGGCGCAGACCGAGCUGGCACGGCAACGCAUUGAGCUUCUCAAAAAGCAAGGCCUGAUGAGGAACCAACAGAAGUUGCAACCGGAAUCGGUUUCCGUAGAUACAUCGGAACCAGCUGCCCAGGCAAGCGAUGAAGAGCCGCUACCGCCUUCGAACCCUGCGACGAUACAUCAUCCUCUCCCGGAACGCCCCCCUGAUCCGGACUCCACCGCUGGAUCUCGUAUACCUGGGCUUUUUAUGGCAGACACAGAAGAGGCUUCACCCGAGCCUCCUCCUACAUCAGUUCAGACACUGCCGGUUGAUCCAACGCAGCAACCCCGCGCAACCCAACGAAAGCGUCCCCGGGCGUCGGACUUUGACGAGCCUAUUCCCGUCCCCAAGAAGACUUUCACCAACGGGACCAAUUAUAUUCCCCCAGACGAGAGACUCAUCAUUGACAUUAGCGACGAUGAUGAAUUCUAUGAUGAUGACGCGGGUGCCAUGGAUAUCGACUCUUUGAUCCGAAACCACGAGAACUCGGUAAGGACGUUUCCAGCGACCGAUUUGUCGUCGACCCAGGGGCUGUCUGCGUCAGCGACACCCCAAUACGCGUCGAAUAGCGAUACGGAACAGCUCCGCAAGAAAGACCUUGAGAUUCAAGCCAUGCAUCGGCGGAUAGCCGAGCUUGAAAAACGCAACAAAGCAAAGCUCGCUGCGAGCCGUACCCAAUCACCAUACGCCUUGGACUCCCCCGCUUCGCGAUCGCCUGAAUCCAUCGCCGCUGAGAACGGAGCUCAAUCUAUACCGACUUCGAUGGCCCUCCACCAUUCACCCUCGUCACUUCCUCAGGGAGUUGCCCCCCGAAGUGUGGACGGGCCAGACGACGUGCGGGCCAAACUAUUGCGGAGAAAGGAAUUGGAAUCGGGUAUCCCGGCCUUAGAUGCCGAAAUACAACGGACUGAGGCAAGACUAGCGGAUUUCCGUGAACAGGAAGCAAAUAUCCUCUCCGAGAUAGCGAAAGGCAGGGAGGGGCGAGAGCACCUCCUCGAGGAACUGCACCAACUAGACCUGGAACUGCAUGGAACAUCCUUUGAAGGAGUUGAAGCCAAGCUACGUAGCUCGCCGGCCGAGAACGGCGCCCAGGAAACAGAUGAAGCCUUUAUUCCCGAGCAUGCGUUAGGCGGCGAUUCAGUCACAAUUCAGGACAGACUCAGGAGUCCCGGAACAGGGUCUGCUGCCGAAAUGGCUUCUGUUCAGGAACAGCUGACCUCCACUGGCCCUGAACCGAUUGUGUAUGAACAAACAGAGACUGCGAUAGGCUCUACAAGCCCUAAUCGGGAAUCUUCGCCCAUUUCUUCUUCCGAAUCUACGGGAUCCGCUAUGGACGAAUCCAAUGGCAGUUCUAACGAGAGCUCGGGCAGCCCUGACCCCGAAGAACCCCGUCAACGGACCCGAUCUCUGUCAGUUGCUCCUGACCAAAUGAGUGAGGAUCAGGAUAGCAAUCAUCCGGCCAAAACGGAAGGGCCCCAUCCUCUUCCGGAACGUCCGCCGCUAGCAGUCGACCAGACUGCAGACGACACGGCCGCCGACACUACUGAGCAGGUCGCUAGUAUCUCCCGAGACCAGUCUUCUCGCGAAUCCUCGGUGUCAGAGGCCUAUGAGCCUCCAGAGCCAGAGGGAAAUGACAGCCCUGCUGGCUCUGUCUACACUCCUCCAUUUGAUCCUCCCUCUCCUGGCCCCGUCGAGCUCAAUGAGGGGUCUCGGUCUCCAAACAAUCAGUUGCAGAAAUCUGAUGAUGUGCUAACUGGAAAGGACCAGGGAUUGGAAGUCCAACGCCCCAGAUACCAUACGCAGGUUGGCCUUCUAGAUGAUAACAAGGGGCAACCUGAACAUACGGAAAGUAAAUUUUCUCCGUACCAGAGUGCGCUAAAGAACUUCAAGACCUAUCGGUAUCAUCCCAAGUACGGUGAUGAGGUCUCGGAGGGUUUUCGGUCCCUAACGUAUAGCCACAACAUCGACCCCAUGAAGUGUCUUUGCCCGUUCGAGGCUGCAGGGGGCGUCUGCAACGACCACUCCUGUGAAUACCAACAUUUCCGGGACAUGUCUCUGAGCGAAGACAAAGUCCUUGUUCAGAUGGGAUCGCUCCGAGAGGGCAAGACAUCCGAAGAAAAAGACAACUACAUCGCUGGUUUGAAACAAAUCAUCAACGACAUGCGACGCGACAAGGUGAAAGAUUUUAACACUGUGGCCAAGGAGAUUGCCGCAUACCGUAGACGCUUUCUUCAAGACCCCUCUCGGAUCCUGCCUUUGUAA